AUGAUCGCAAUAGAUCUCAAUUUCGCCGACUUCCAAUGGCAGUAUCACAUCUCUACAACUUUUUUCGUUUGCGUGAUUGUUCCUAGCGUCUACUAUGUAUACGAGAAGUACAUCACGGGACGCCCUAACAAGUAUAACAAACUUGAGGCACCCAAAAAACUUGUGUAUCCCAUUCCAGAUGAAGCGAAACCCCAUUGGAAGGGAAAGAGGCUCUAUCCGCCAAAUAUUGGGUUGAGAGUCAAUGGAGAGCCUCAAAAGAUUCAAAGUUAUUGUCCUGCUACUGGCCAGUUCUUAGGUACGUUUCCUUGCAUUUCCACAGAUGAAAUGGAUCACCAAAUCAAGGCAGCAUCUGAUGCACAAAAGGAAUGGAAAAAAUCAUCCUUUGUAUUGAGAAAACAAUUAUUGAAGACUAUCAAUCAAUUUAUUCUUGACAACCAAGAAGAGAUUGCUCGGGUCGCGUGCAGAGACAGCGGAAAGACAAAAUUAGAUGCCUCAAUGGGAGAAAUCAUGGUAACUUUAGAGAAGAUAAGCUGGAUCAUUUCCCAUGGAGAGAAAGCGUUGCGUCCCUCAGCUCGACCAGGGCCGUCUUCUUUACUAAUGGGUCUUAUGAAGAAUGCAGAAGUGAGAUACGAACCACUCGGUGUAGUUGCUGCAAUUGUGUCAUGGAACUACCCGUUGCAUAACCUUAUAGGACCUGUUGUUGCUGCUUUAUUCAGUGGCAAUGCCAUAGUUGUCAAGUGUUCAGAACAAGUUGUAUGGUCCUCUACAUGGUUCGUGGGCAUGAUUCACGCAGCGCUCCGGCUGCUUAGUAUCAGUGAAGACCUUGUUCAGUUAUGCUACUGCUUCCCAGAAAAUGCUGAUUACUUCACGUCGCAUCCUGGUUUGAAGCAUAUCACGUUUAUCGGAUCGAAACCAGUGGCUCACAAGGUGUUACAGAGCGCGUCAAAGGAAUUAACUCCAUGCGUGAUUGAAUUAGGAGGUAAGGAUUCUGUUAUUGUCAUGGACGAUGUGGCUGAUCUUAAAGCAUUAUCGUCUGUUAUCUUGAGAGGCACUUUUCAAAGUGCGGGUCAAAAUUGUAUUGGGAUUGAAAGGGUCAUUUGUCUACCCGAAGCGUACGAUAAGUUGGUGGAAAUCUUAAAUGAGAGAAUCAAGAGUUUUAGACUUGGCUCAGACAUCGAUCAGUUGGAUGAGAUCGACAUGGGGGCCAUGAUAUCUGACAAUAGAUUCGAUCAGUUUGAAGAAAUGAUCCAAGAUGCAGUUUCUAAAGGUGCUAGGCUUUUGCAUGGUGGAAAAAGAUAUCUGCAUCCAAAUUACCCGCAAGGCCAUUACUUUGAGCCAACUCUCUUGGUGGAUGUUGAUCCGACUAUGAAAAUUGCUCAAAAUGAAGUCUUUGGCCCUAUACUCACCAUAAUGAAAGCGAAAGAUAUCAACGACGCUGUCGAAAUUUCUAAUGGAACUGAGUAUGGAUUGGGAAAUUCAGUCUUUGGAAACGAUUUCGCCAAAUGCGACGAGAUAGCAGGACGGUUGGAGAGCGGCAAUGUGGCCAUCAAUGAUUUUGCUACUUUCUACGUCUGCCAGUUACCUUUCGGAGGAUGCAAAAAAUCCGGCUAUGGAAAGUUCGGCGGCGAAGAAGGCUUAACAGGCCUUUGUAAUGCUAAAUCUGUGGUUAUGGACAAGCCAUUAUUGCGGGCGUUUGGUGUUAAGACAUCUAUUCCUCCUCCAAUUGACUACCCAAUUGCAGAUGAUAAAAAGGCAUGGGGGUUCGUCAAUGCUCUCAACAUUGCCAGUUACGACAGUCGUAUAUGGGAGGUGCUCAAGGCUUUUAAGAAAAUGGCUAAGGGCGGAGCAUGA